AUGAAUGGUUGUCUAGCCAGAGCACUUAAAGUCGAAGAACGUCGUGGGAAAAAAGAGGGGCAUGCAUUAUGCCAUUGGACCAGUAAUGGGUUCAACAUACCGGGCCCAAGAAAUGUGAGACACCUCAGUCCAACAACACCUCAAACUUUAAAAGUUAUACACACUAACUUACCAGUAUUUAAGGUAAAGGAGUCCACAGUGAGACGGAGAUACAGUGACUUUGAAUGGCUGAGGAAUGAGUUAGAAAGAGACAGCAAGAUUGUAGUGCCACCUCUGCCAGGGAAAGCUUGGAAGAGACAGUUACCCUUUAGGAGUGAUGAAGGAAUAUUUGAGGAUGACUUCAUUGAAGACAGAAGAAAAGGCUUAGAACAAUUUAUCAACAGAGUUGCAGGUCAUCCACUUGCACAAAAUGAAAAGUGUCUACAUAUGUUCUUACAAGAAACCAAUAUUGACAAGAACUAUGUGCCGGGCAAGAUUCGCACCACGUGA